GUCAGGAGAAGUUUGCGCACUGCUCACAGCUGAGGGAGAGAAGGCAGGCGCCUGGAAGAUGAACGCUGUGGCUUGAGUUCCAGAGUCUGGAGCACCUGAGAAUUUCCUUCGCUUCUACUGAGCUGUGCCCAGCCGUCCAGCGCCAGUAUGCGAAGAAUUAAAAAAUCAAGUUCGAGAGGAAAGAUGUCCUUCUCACUUAAUCACUGGUGCUUCAUACUGUUCAUCUUUUUAUGCCAACCAGCCCUGGUCCUCCCCAACACUUCAAAUGACACCAGUCCAACCGGGGAGCCCGAGCCCUUUCUGUACGUUUUAGGACGAAGGAAAAUGAAGGAUGCCGAGUCCAAGUGCUACAAACGCAUGCAACUGCUGCCCCCAUACCAAGGAGAAGGUCUGUUUUGCAACCGCACCUGGGACGGAUGGCUGUGCUGGGACGACACACCGGCUGGGGUGACAUCCCACCAGCACUGCCCCGACUACUUUCCGGACUUUGACCCCACAGAAAAGGCUUCAAAAUACUGUGAUCAAAACGGAAUUUGGUUUGAAGAUCCUGAGAGGAAUAAGACCUCCACUAACUACAGUAUGUGUAAUGCUUUCAGUGCUGAGAAACUGAAGAACGCUUACAUUCUGUACUACCUGGCUAUCGUGGGCCACUCUGCUUCUCUUUCCACUCUGUCGGUUUCACUGGGAAUUUUCGUGUGCUUCAAGUACUUCAGCAUUUUGGCACUGCUUAAUACUGUUACUUUUCCUCCCAGGAGCCUCAGCUGCCAGCGGGUGACUAUACACAAGCACAUGUUUCUGACCUACAUCCUGAAUUCCAUCACUGUUCUCAUCCACCUGAUUCAAGUGGUGCCCAACGAGGAGUUCGUGAGCAUGGAUCCGCUGAGCUGCAAGGUUUUGCACUUUAUCAACCACUACUUGAUGUCCUGCAACUACUUCUGGAUGCUGUGCGAAGGGAUCUACCUGCACACACUCAUCGUGGUGUCCGUGUUCACUGAGAAACAGCGCAUGAAGUGGUACUAUCUCCUGGGCUGGGGUUUCCCCAUGGUGCCAACUAUCAUCCAUGCCGUUACCAGGACCCUGUACUUCAAUGACAACUGCUGGCUGAGUGCGGAGACCCACCUGCUGUACAUCAUCCACGGCCCGGUCAUGGCAGCACUGGUGGUCAACUUCUUCUUCCUGCUCAACAUCAUCCGCGUGCUCGUGAAGAAGAUGAAGGAAGCCCAGCAGCCCGACUCCUACAUGUACCUGAAGGCGGUGAAGGCCACUCUGUUCCUGGUGCCCCUGCUGGGAGCCCAGUUCGUUGUGUUUCCCUGGAGGCCCAACAACAAGGUGCUUGCCCAGAUCUACGACUACCUGAUGCACUCUCUGAUUCACUUCCAGGGAUUCUUCGUCGCCGUGAUUUACUGCUUCUACAACAGCAACGUCCAAGCUACCCUGCAGCGCCAGUGGAUCCAAUGUAGCAUCCAAUGCGACCAGCGCUACGGGCGCCGCAACAACAGGCGCCCCAACAACAGGCGCCCCAACAUCAAUGCCGCUGCCGCUGCAGCUGCUGCUGCCGCUGCCGCUGAGGCCGAGGCUGAGCCCGGCAGUGGUCUCCCCAUUUACAUCUGCCACCAGGAGCCCAGGAACAACGAAGUUGCCAUCAACCCUGGCGAGGAGAUCUCUGAGGUCAUCCCCAUGGAAGUGGUGGAAGUGGUGGAGCAGGAAACAAGCGCUUAAAUGUGAAGCCAAUAGAGCAUCGUGAUCUCUGAGCCUCCAUGUCCUGGGAGAAAAACCAACCUAGUGUUUAAAGUGAUCCCCAUCCUCCCAGGAGCCAAACAUGUCAUCUGUGAAGAAUCAUUAAGUAAUUUUGUCCAUAGUGAAGCUGAAGAAUAUUCUUGGUACUAUUGCCAUGGGAGACAGGCUAGGAAUGGAGUCUCCCACUGCAACACUUGUGAAUCCCAUCUUCCAUCCAGUGCUGAAAUGCAGGUGUAAUGCAUGCAAAGUAUCCAAGACAAACACAGUCGAAUUGACCUAGUUCAG